AUGGGUAUUGUAUCACCUGUGAUAUUGCAAGCAAGACUUAUAUUCCAAGAGUUAUGUCGUCAACAAUUGGGAUGGGAUGAAACUAUCGGAGAAAAUGAACAAAUAGCAUGGGAAAGCUGGACUAAAGCAAUUCCAGACUUAUCAGAAGUCAAAUUACCAAGAUACAUUAAACCGAAUUCAUUUGGGGUUAUUGUUUCACAAGAAUUACAUCAUUUUGGCGAUGCAUCACAAGUUGCCUAUGGAUCAGUUUCAUAUUUGAGGUUAUCAGAUGAAAACGGUCAGAUACACUGUUCAUUUUUACUUGGAAAAUCAAGAUUGUGUCCUAUCAAGACAAUAUGUUCACUUCCACGGCUGGAAAUUACAGCUGCUGCGCUUUGUGUGCGAGUGGAUAUGUUUUUAAGACGUCAAUUAAAAUUUGAGAAGAAUGUUAAGUCUAUAUUCUGGAGUGAUAGCACAGCUACUAUCCAAUCAAUUUACAAUUCGUCGAAAAGAUUUCCUACUUUCAUAGCUAACCGAUUAGCAAAAAUUGAAGAAGGUUCAGAGCCACAUCAAUGGCGUUAUGUUCCAAGUGAAUUGAACCCAGCGGAUUAUGCAUCCCGUGGAAUGACAGCAAAGAAAUUGAUUGCAAAGAAAUCAUGGUUACAAGGACCAGAAUUUCUCUACCAGAAUGAAGAGAACUGGCCACAAAUGCCAGUUAAAUUACCAGAUUUACCAUUGGAAUUUAUUCAGAAAAAGCCAAUGAAUGUCCUAGUGAAUCUAGUGACAGAGAAUGAACCUUUGGACAAGUUUAUCAACUAUUAUUCUUCAUGGUAUAAGUUGAAGAAAGCUACGGCAUGGAUUAUCAGAUUCAAAAUUUAUUUACAAGCUAAACCAACUGUUCAAAAGGUGAAUUGCAAACAGAAGAGUUGA